AUGGCGUUUGAGGUUGAAAUUUUGGUUGAAAAUAAUGAUGAUGAGAUUGAGGUUGCUGGAGAGUCAAAGAAUGCUACAGAGAAGGAAGCAGAGAUAACCCAAAAAGUUGUCCCCAUGCCUAGACCUCUGCCUCCAUUCCCACAGAGAUUGGUAAAGAACAAUGAAGAAGGGAAAUAUCGCAGGUUUAUUACCAUGUUGAAACAGCUUUGUAUCAAUGUUCCGUUGAUAGAAGCUUUAGAGAAAAUUCAUGGGUAUGCAAAUUUUAUGAAGGAUUUGGUGACUAAGAAGAGGGCCGUCAGUUUAGAAGAUGAUGAUAGGUUGCAACAUUGCAGUGCUAUUGCUACUAGGUCGCUUGUGCAGAAGAAAGAGGAUCCUGGUGCUUUCACUAUACCUUGUACCAUUGCGUUAUCGCAUUUUAUGAAGAUGUUAUGUGAUUUGGGUGCUAGAAUUAAUCUAAUGCCAUUGUCAAUUUACAAGAAGUUGGGUUUAGGAUCUCCAAAACCAACUGGGAUGCGAUUGCUCAUGGCUGAUAGAACUGUGAAGAGGCCCAUUGGUGUGCUCCAAGAUGGAGACCAUUCCUUGCUACUAGCGUGUCUUGGUCAAUAUGGAGAGGGGGCAGAUGAAGUUCCGAAUGAACAGUGA